GUGGAGGACGGGUGUGUGUAUAGCGCCCUUGCCUCUUCAUGCAACCCGCUUAACUGUGAUUUUUAAGUAGGAUAGUUAUAUAAGUUAGAGUAUGUGUUGGUUAAGACUGGGGGCCGCCGCGCUCCUGCUGGGCGUCCUUACCUCAGCCCAGCUCACCAAGGAGGAUGGCCUCUUCCACUGCCCAGUCGACUGGGUGCUCCGAGGUCAACACUGUUAUAGGUUCUUCAAUAUCCGACACUCGUGGGAUAAAGCCGCCUCUCUCUGUAAAAGGUUUGGGUCAGACUUGGUAUUGGUGGAGAGUUACGAGCAAAACAACUUUACUGAGGGUCUAGCGCACCUCACUCUCGACCACCCUACCAAUAGCUACUGGCUGGGUCUCGUCUCCCUCAAUGACCUGUCCACUAACACCCUGGAGAGUGCUGGAGGCAAGCAUGUCUCCCUCUACUCUGGGUUCUGGUCUCAGGGUCAGCCUCAGGUGUCUGGCGGGGAGUGCGUCAAGGCGAGGCUCUCCGACCAGCAUCAGUCAUGGGAGCUGAGUACCUGUGAGUCCCUCCUGCCCUUCAUGUGUCGCGUCCAGGCCUGCACCAAGGGCGCCAUCCUUUGUUCCAAUGGCAGGUGUAUUAACAAGGCCUUCCAGUGUGAUGGGCAGAAUGACUGUGGGGACAUGUCAGACGAGAUGGACUGUCCCAAUCGCUGCCAAUUUUACAUGCGCUCCUCUGGUGACUCCAUCGAGAGCCCAGAGUACCCUAAAAAGUACGGGGCCAACAUGGACUGCAAAUGGACGCUUGAGGGCCCCGUCGGUCACAAUAUCAUCAUUCAGUUCUUUGAGUUUGACACCGAAAAGAACUUCGAUACAGUGCAGAUCCUGAGUGGAGGCCGCACCGAGGACUCUGCUGUGUCACUCACCACACUCUCAGGCAGGCAGGACCUCACUGACAAACUCUUCAUCUCUGCCUCUAACUUCAUGAUACUAAAGUUCAAGACGGACGCCUCUGUGGAGAAGAGAGGUUUCAGGGCGUCAUGGAAGACAGAGCUGCAGGACUGUGGUGGUGAGUUGAUCGCUACCCCACAGGAGCAGAUCAUGACCUCAUACAACUACCCCCUCAACUACCCCGGCGGCCUUGAGUGUCUCUACAUGCUCAAAACUCAGCAGGGGCGUGUCAUCACCCUUGAGAUCUUGGACUUAGACCUUGAAGAGGGAAAGGACUUCAUCUUGGUGAGGGACGGCAACUCUCCCUCAGAUAACACGUUAGCUCGCCUCACUGGCUCCCAGGAACACAACCCUCGCUUCAUCAUCUCCACAGGUCCCGUCAUCUACUUCUACUUCCACACCAACCUUGGGAUGUCUCGACGAGGGUACCGCAUCAGGUACUACUCAGGGUGUUCUGUGGCCAUUGCUGCCAAUCAGGGGACCAUCUCCUCCCCAGCGUAUGGCAUCAGUCAGUACCCAACCAAUCAGGAGUGCAGCUACCUCAUCACACGGCCAGGGGGCGGCCCUCUCUCUCUAAAGUUCAACGACUUUGAUGUGGAGGACAAGGACACGGUUCAGGUGUACGACGGGAUGACGUCCUCUCAGGGUAUCCGUCUCCACUCUGGCCGUGGCUUCUCUGCCAACAACCCUCCUGCCAUCACCCUCACUGCUGACUCUGGCGCUAUGUUCCUCAUGUUCAACUCGGACCCACUGCGACCAGCUAAGGGAUGGUCGGCUAAUUUCUCUGCUGACUGCCCAAUGUUGACUGCAGGUGAGGGUGCCAUUGCCUCAUCACGUGACACAUCAUUCGGUAGUGUUGUGACCUACACGUGUCCUGUCGGUCAGGAGUUAGCUAACAACAAGUCCUCCUUAGUGACAACCUGUAUGCCUGGAGGCUCCUGGUCCACCGACUAUAUCCCUAAAUGCCAAGUUGUUUACUGUGGUCCAGUGCCUCAAAUUGACAAUGGGUUCAGUAUUGGUGCUACCAACGUGACAUACCGUGGACAGGCCACCUAUCAGUGCUACGCUGGCUUUGGCUUCCCCAGCACCAAGGGUGUGGAAACCAUUACCUGUACAGAACACGGGGAGUGGGAGCGGCUACCUGAGUGCCUUGCCUCACAGUGCCCAGCCCUGCUGGAGACACCGCACGCCAACCAGGCCGUGCUUAAUGGUGGUGGUCGUAGUUACGGUACUGUCGUCAGGUUCGAGUGUGAGUCUGGCUACUACCGCACUGGCCUCCCUGUCAUCCACUGUAUGUCCAAUGGCUCCUGGUCAGGUGAUGUGCCCACUUGCUCCAAGAUCGAGUGCCAUGACUACCCAGAGAUCACUAACGGCUUCUUCGCUGACCUGACCCGAGACUACUACUUCGAAGACGAGGCCAGAGUACAGUGCCACCGUGGCUACAAGCUUGUUGGCUCUCCCAUCAUCCAGUGUGGGCCUGAACAGCAGUUUGUCAACCUGCCAACAUGUGAAGACAUCAACGAGUGUGACGCUGCCCAGUGUGACGCCGCCUCAACAGAGUGCCAGAACAGCCCGGGUGCCUUCUCCUGUAUGUGUAAGGCAGGCUUCAGGCCCAACCUUGACUGCCGUCCACGAGGAGAUCUUGGAGUGUCAGAUGGCGGCAUACCUGACGAUGCCAUAUUUGUGUCCUCCACUGCAGCAGGCUACGAGAAGAAUAGUGUGCGUCUGAACUCUCAGCUCGGGUGGUGUGGUGCAGAGCACGAGCCAGGCCGCAACUGGGUGAUGGUUGACCUGCGCGUUCCUACAGUCAUCAUUGGUUUCCGCACCCAACCCGUCGACCGCACGGAUGGUCAGAUUGCCUUCGCUAAAUCUAUUCGGCUACAGUACACAGAUGAUCUGACGGACGUGUUCCGAGAGUACACGAACCGCGGAGGAUCUCCUAUAGAGUUCCGCAUCACCUCCGGAGUGUCUCUGUCAGUCGUCAACUUACCCACUCCUGUAGAAGCUCGAUACAUUCGCCUCAACGUCGCUGAUUAUGAAGCAGCACCUUGCCUCAAGUUUGAACUUAUGGGAUGUGCACGUCAAGACUGUAUAGAUGUAAAUGAAUGUGCUGACAGUAAUGGAGGGUGUGACCAACGCUGCAUCAACUCUGCGGGUUCUUUCUCCUGCUUGUGUAAUGUUGGAUACGACCUCUUCACAGAUAAUGGAACGGCUGGCUUUUACAUCGAGAAAUCGGAAUCCGGUCUCCGAGACGGCGACAUUUAUCGCCUGAAUAAGACUUGUGUACGUAAGAUGUGUCCAGCUUUAGAGUCUCCAGAAAAUGGAAUGUUGCUUGACACUCGUGAGAUGUACCAUUAUGGGGACCUGGUAACAUUCCAGUGUAACUUCGGAUAUGUUAUGGUCGGUACAGAAACAUUAACGUGUACUAGUAAUGGCAUCUGGAAUGGUACCUUGCCCGAGUGUCGCUAUGCAUCCUGUCCGCCACUGCAGAAUGACCAAACACAGCAUCUGUCAGUGCAUUUUGCUGACCCAGACUCUCAUUUAAUUCCAUUCAAAGAAAAUGUAACAAUUACAUGCAGCCAAGAUGGCAGACCACUGAAAAAUACAUUGACAUCUGAAUUCCGAGAGUGUGUGUAUGAUCCUCAACCUAGCACUGCAGACUACUGGCUCUCGGGCAUUACACCCGAGUGCCCACGUGUGGACUGCGGCAAACCAGCAGAGACGCCCGGCGCUACCUACGGCUUCACUCUAGAGACUCAGUAUCAGUCAUCCUUCUUCUUUGGCUGUGAAGAGACGUUUAGUCUGGCUGGCCAAACCAGCAGGAAUGAUAAUGCAGUUAGAUGUCAAGCUGAUUCAACCUGGGACUUUGGUGACCUGAGAUGUGAAGGUCCUGUUUGUUCUGACCCAGGCCACCCACCUGAGGGUAUUCAGAUUGCUUCAAGUUAUGAGCAGGGGUCUGAGGUGAAGUUUGAGUGUACCCGCCCAGGUUACAUCCCCAUCACAGAUGAACCCAUUCACUGCAUCCGUGAACCAGAAUGUCGUGUUGUUGCUCCUAUUGGUAUUGCUUCAGGGAAGAUUCCAGCUUCUGCCAUCAACGCCACGUCUCAGAGAGGGAAUUAUGAGGCUCAUAACAUUCGUCUGAACUCCGCCACAGGCUGGUGCGGUCAGCAAGAAGCCUUUACGUACGUCACCGUAGACUUAGGAAAAGUGCACCGCAUUAAGGCAGUCUUAGUGAAAGGCGUCAUUACAAAUGAUGUCGUUGGAAGACCGACUGAAAUUCGCUUCUUCUAUAAAGGACACGAAGACGAUAAUUACAUCGUUUAUUUCCCUAACUUUAAUCUCACAGCUCGAGAUCCUGGGAACUAUGGUGAGCUGGCGAUGAUCACACUACCCACCGUGGUGACGGCACGCUUUGUUAUCCUCGGUAUUGUGAGCUAUGAUAAGAACCCUUGUCUUAAGUUUGAACUGAUGGGUUGUGAGGAUGAAGCAGCAGAGAACCGUCUUCUUGGUUAUGAUAUGGGCUACCCAUUAUGUGUUGAUAAUGAACCACCACAGUUCCAGAACUGUCCCAUCAAUCCCAUUGUUGUCCAGAAGGGAGAUGAUGGCAUCCAGAAUGUCAACUUCACAGUUCCAACUGCGUAUGACAACUCGGGCAUGAUCGCCCGCACAGAGAUCCGCCCGGCCGGUUUCCGUCCACCUGUGCACGUGUUUAAAGACAUGAUGGUUGAAUAUCUGGCAUUUGAUUUUGAUGGAAAUGUUGCCAUAUGUCAGAUCAACAUUACUGUCCCCGACGACAUUCCUCCUUCAGUCACCUGCCCACAGAGUUAUGUGAUAGAGCUGGUUGAGGAACAAGAAAAUUACCGCGUCAACUUCAACUCCUCCAUCACACUGUCCAGCGUAAAUGUAAGUGACAACAGUGGACAGUACCAGCUGAGAGUGAUGCCUGAGGUUGCUCUCAUCAGAGUUGGAGGUUAUGUGAAUGUCAGUGUUAUUGCCACAGACCCGCCUGGCAACACAGCCACUUGUAACUUCCAAGUUGCUGUUCAGGCAACAGCUUGUGUCGACUGGGAACUAAAGGCACCAGCAAAUGGUAGAUUAAACUGUAUACCUGGUGAAGGUAAAAAUCGUGAAUGUUCAGCUACAUGUAAUGCAGGAUACAGAUUCACAGACAACAUGCCAUCCAAGGCCUUCACUUGUACCCCAGAGUUGUCUUGGCAACCCAGCCGAGCUGUACCUGACUGUGUAAGUGAGGACACCCAGCAGGCCAGCUAUGACGUGGUGGCCACUGUCAUGUACCGUGCCAAUGGUGCAGUACAGUCCACCUGCCUCGACCAGUACAAGAGUCUCCUACAGCAGUACUAUGAGAGUCUCAAUGGUGUACUGUCUAGUCGCUGCUCUGCUGCCAUCAAUGUAGCUAUUGAUGUGAUGUUCCAUGACACCAGACUUGCUCUUACAGAAGAGAAUGUGGUGGAAGUCCACUAUGUAGUUCGUCUUAAUCCUGAAGUUAAGCAAAAGAUGCUUUAUGGUCACUGUGGCUCUACACUGUCACUCAUCUUUGACCUGAGUGUGCCCUCAACCUCAGCUGUGAUUGAGCCCAUCCUCGACCUGUCUUCUGCUGGCAACUCGUGUCCACCCAUGAGAGCCCUUGGCUCUAAUGUUACACGAGGAUUCACUUGUAACAUCGGUGAAGUUCUCAACACAGUGACAGCUGAAGUCCCCCGUUGUCUUCACUGCCCUGCCGGCACCUUUGCUCCUCAGGAUGAGAAGACUUGUUCUCCAUGUAUGAAGGGAUACUAUCAGGAUCAGAGUCGCCAAGGUGCGUGCAAGCGUUGCCCACCCGGUACAUACACCAGGAAUGAGGGCAGCAAGUCCACCUUGGACUGUGUUCCUGUCUGUGGCUAUGGUACUUACUCCCCAACAGGUUUAGUGCCCUGCCUCAACUGCCCACACAAUUCUUACACAGAAGGUCCUCCUAUUGAUGGCUUCAAGGAAUGUGAAGCAUGUCCUCCACAGACUUUUACCUAUGUGGCUGCCACAUCCUCUCAGCAGAUGUGUCGCAGGAAGUGCAGGCCAGGAAGUUACUCUGACACAGGUCUUGAGCCAUGUGCACCUUGCCCAUUCAACUUCUAUCAGCCCCUUGAAGGUCGCAGUACUUGUUUUGAGUGUGCAACAGGUAAUCGUACACUAGAUACAGGAUCACAAACUGAGGAGGAGUGUCUAGCUGUGAUAUGCACUCCAGGAAUUUGUCAAAAUGGAGGUCUUUGUCUAGCACGUCAGCACCAAGUGCAGUGCUACUGCCCAGCUGGCUUCACUGGUAGGUUCUGUGAUGUUGAUAUUAAUGAAUGUGCCUCAGAACCCUGCUAUAAUACUGGGACUUGUAUUGACCUGCCACAAGGAUAUCGCUGUGAAUGUUCUGAAGGCUACAGUGGAUUUCAGUGCCAAGAUGAAGUCAGUGAGUGUGUGGAAGGUACUUGCCCUGACCAAGCGAUGUGUAAAGAUGACCCGGGGAAGAAUACUUACGAAUGUCUGUGUCGCUCUGGCUACACUGGUCCAGGCUGUAACGUCACUGUUGAUCCCUGCACAGAGAAAGGUAACCCAUGUUCCAAUGAGGCUGUUUGUGUACCACUGGAACAAGGUCGCUUCCGCUGUGAGUGUUUGCCAGGCUGGGAAGGACGUCUUUGUGAAGUGAAUAUAGAUGAUUGUGCUGACAAGCCUUGUCUAUUGGGAGCAAACUGCACAGACCUCACCCAUGAUUUCAGUUGUGAUUGUCCAAAUGGCUUCACAGGAAAACGUUGCCACAUCAAGGUUGACCUCUGCCAGUCUUCUCCAUGUGCCAAUGGCAUCUGUAGAGAUCGAUUCUUUUAUCAUGAGUGUAUCUGUCAUCCAGGCUGGUCAGGUGAAAGCUGUGAAGUAAAUAUUAAUGAUUGUUCCCCAAAUCCUUGUGAGAAUGGUGGUCAGUGUGUUGACAAAGUUAAUGGCUUCCACUGUGAAUGUGACACUGGCUACAUUGGAAAAACUUGUCAACAUACAAUUGAUGACUGUGUCUCAGAACCUUGUCAGAAUGGUGGCACUUGUGUUGACAAGUUGGAUGGUUUUAUGUGUGAGUGCAGGCCUGGCUUUCUGGGCUUGCAGUGUGAGGCAUCCAUUGAUGAAUGCAUCAGUAAUCCCUGCAAUCCUGUUGGUACUAAAAAAUGUCUGGAUCUUGACAACAUGUUCAAAUGCCAAUGCCAUGCUGGCUAUGAUGGUGAGUUUUGUGAAAAUAACAUUAAUGAAUGUGCCCAAAACCCAUGCCAUAAUGAGGGUUUGUGUACUGAUGGUGUUGCAGACUUCUCAUGCACCUGCAGACCAGGAUGGACUGGCAAACACUGUGAAAAAGAUAUUGGUGGUUGUGACUCUGAACCUUGCCUCAACAAAGCUGAAUGCAUUAAUCUCUUUGAAGACUAUUUCUGUGUUUGCCCAUCUGGAACAGAUGGGAAGAAGUGUCAGGUCACUCCUGAACGAUGUGUUGGCAAUCCUUGUAUGAACGGCGCCUCCUGCCAGGACUAUGGCUCCGGCCUUAACUGUACCUGCUCUGAAGACUUCACCGGCAUUGGAUGUCAGUUUGAGUUUGAUGCCUGUGAGGCUGGCCUAUGUAAGAAUGGCGCCACCUGUGUUGACCGAGGCGCUGGCUACGAGUGUGUGUGCCCUCCUGGAUAUGCUGGCAGACACUGUGACGAGGACAUUAUCAACUGCACACCAACGUCUUGCCCACCAGGUGCAACGUGCAUUGAUCUGACUAAUGAUUUCUACUGCAAGUGUCCAUUCAACCUUACUGGCGAGGACUGCAGGAAGGUGAUCAAUAUCGACUAUGAGUUGUACAUCAACGACGAGAGCAAAGCAUCGAGCGCUUCCUUGGCAACACCCUUCAUGCUGGGUGACUCCACGUCCUUCACUCUGGCACUCUGGGUACAGUUUGCCGUCCCUGAUGAUCUUGGCACCAUCUUUACGCUCUAUUCAGUCUCGAGCCCUUAUGUGCCAUCUGACAAGAGAGUGAUGCUCCAAGCCACCAACGCAGGUAUUGCUAUUGAGUUCUUCAAAGACCUGAAGGAGUUUGUUACCUACCGUCCCAACAUCCCAGUUAACGACGGCCAGUGGCAUCACGUGGCACUCGUGUGGGACGGCAUCACUGGCAUGCUCACCCUCACUACUGAUGCUGUGGUCGUCGCUCAGGUGGAAGGCUUUGCCGAGGGACGCCAGCUGCCCAUGUAUGCCUGGUUGACCCUUGGUUCAGUUGAGUCUGAAUUUUCCGGCUACACCCAUGAACGAGGCUUCCACGGCCGUGUUGCUCGCCUCAAUGCUUGGAACCGUCCUCUUGACUUCCGCACAGAGAUCCCCAAGAUGGUUCGGUCAUGCAUGAACUCUCCGGUUAUGUUUGAUGGCCUGCUGCUACGCUGGACAGGUUAUGACAUGGUGAGCGGUAACGUGGAGCGUAUCGGGCCGUCCACCUGUGGCCAGUACGUGUGUCCUCCCGGCUACUCCGGCGACUGUUCCGUACUGGAGAGAGACAAGACUCCUCCCCGCGUUGAUCACUGCCCCGGAGACAUUUGGGUCAUCACUCGUAAUGGCUCCGCUGUGGUUGACUGGGACGAGCCUGUAUUUUCUGAUAAUAUCGGUAUUGAACAGGUCAUCGACAAGUCCGGCUACUCUCCAGGACAAGCCUUUACCUGGGGUACCUACCAUGUUGCCAGCGUAGCCUAUGAUGCUGCAGGCAACUCGGCCACCUGCUCCUUCAAGGUUUACGUCCUAGAGGAGUUCUGUCCUAAACUGGAUGAUCCUGUAGGAGGAGUCCAGCGCUGCUCUGACUGGGGUCCUGGUGGCCGCUUCAAGGUUUGCAAAAUUGAGUGCAACGAUGGUCUCAAGUUCUCCACCAAGAUACCCGACUUCUACACGUGUGGUGCUGAAGGUUUCUGGAGGCCCACCCACGAUCCCUUCUACCCACUGGUGUACCCUGCCUGCUCCCCUGCCUCCCCUGCCCAGAGGGUCUUCAACAUCAACAUGCAGUUCCCAUCCUCUGUUAUCUGUAAUGCAGCUGGUCAGAAUGUGCUCAGCGAAAGAAUAAGGAUUGCGCUGAACAAGCUCAACUCACAGUGGAAUUUCUGUACCGACACUGCCGCCUCUACGGGACAGUGCAACGGUCUAGAUGUAGUUGUUGACUGCUCUCGUAGAAACCGUCUAGCUCGUGAUACUGCGGGUUUGAGGGCCGAACGUCAGGCUGGGGAUGAAACUGACGACGUGUAUGAAGUGAAGAUCACCUUCCCCUCUGUAAACGACUCCCGGUGGAAGAGGGACACAGAUCAGACUUACCAGUAUAACCUGAAAGUCUCAUUCCCUGCCAAGAAUGAUCCUGUGCAGAACAGUAACUCAGAUUUGGAAUCCACUGUUCGACGCCUGAUAGAAGGAAUUAUCCUUGAGCAGGAUCAGUUUGAUGUUCGUGAUGCUCUUCCCAAUGUUGUUCCAGAUCCCUCCUCACUGGAUCUCAACUCUGAAUAUUCCUGUCCUGUUGGCAAGGUUGUGGUUGACAGUGCAUGUGUAGACUGUGCAACAGGAACUUAUUAUGACCUUGAAAGCAAAUCAUGCAAGCUCUGUGAGUCUGGCACAUACCAGAAUGAAAUGGGUCAGGUUGCCUGUAAGCCAUGUCCUCAGCGUGCCGGUCGUCAGGGAGUCACCAAAACCUCAGGGUCACGAGCAGUGGAAGACUGCCAGGAACGAUGUGCUGCUGGGAGAUUCUUUGAUGAGACAAUAGGCAUCUGUCAGUCUUGUGGCUAUGGAUCUUAUCAGUCUGAAGAGGGUAAAUUUUCAUGCAAGAGGUGUGACCGAGGCCUCACUACACGCUCGAAAGAAGCAGAUUCACCAUCUGCAUGCCGUGAAGAGUGCGAGUCGGGUCUCCAGCUAGGUAUGACAGGUCCGUGUGAACCUUGUGCACGUGGAACCUACCGUACAAAGGGCAUCCAUGCUGCAUGUAUUCGCUGUCCACAAGGCCGCACAACUCUAGGACCUGGUGCGUCUUCAGUAGAAGAAUGCUCACUGCCAAUAUGUAUUGCUGGAACAUUCCUUUCCAACUCCAACUCAUUGUAUGAAUGCUUAACAUGCCCUAAGGGUACCUACCAGCCAGAAGCACUCCAGACAUCUUGUAUAGGAUGCCCACAAGAUACCUCUACUCAUGGCGUUGGUGCUACCUCCGUUGACGAGUGCUCGAACCCUUGUGAAGUACACGGAGAACAGAUGUUAUGUGACCCCAAUGCUCUCUGUCUGUUUAUCUCUGAAACAAAUGAAUUUGAAUGUCAGUGCAAACCUGGAUUUAAUGGUUCUGGAGAACACUGUUCCGACAAGUGCGACAACUUCUGCGAGAACAAUGGUGUGUGUAAGAAGGAAAACGAUGGUGAACCAUUCUGUACCUGCUCUGGAUCCUUCACUGGCAGUAAAUGCCAGGUUAAGAGUGACUUCACAUAUAUUGCUGGAGGCAUUGCUGGUGCUGUUGUAUUCCUCAUCCUCAUCGUCCUGCUAGUAUGGAUGAUCUGUAUCCGUGCCACCAGGAGACGCGAGCCCAAGAAGGGCUUCCCCAAUCAGCCAUCAGUUGAUCCUAAUGGGUCACAGGUUAACUUCUACUAUGGAGCUCCCGCCCCAUAUGCUGAGAGCAUCGCACCGUCCCAUCAUUCAACUUACGCUCAUUAUUAUGAUGAUGAAGAAGAUGCCUGGGAGAUGCCAAACUUCUACAACGAGACUUAUAUGAAGACCGGGUUCCAGAACGGAGCAGGAAAUAGCCUGGCUCGGUCUAACGCUUCCAUCUACGGGAACAAGGAGGACCUGUAUGACCGCCUCCGCAAGCACGCUUACCAAGGCAAGAAAGAUAAAGAUGAGACAGGUGACAGUGAUGAUCAAGCCCAUUGAUUGGCUAGAUAGUUUAUGAUGUCAUGAUCCGACAUUCACAUUCAUUAAUUGGUUAGCUUUUUGUCAUCCUUAUACUUGAUGUGUCUAGUGAGAUAGAAAACAAAUUUUGUUUAUAGGUGUGCUUCCAAUGGUUGGUUGGCUUUGAAAUAUGGCAUUAUCUCAUUAUUACAUAUCACCAACCGGUAGGAGUGUCUUGAAUGGUGCCUGUCCUUGAACGUGGCUCGACCUGACCACGGUUAGACAGUGGCUAAUGUGUGGUAAUGUACUAGAAUAUUCACACCUGGGCCCCUGGCUAACCCAACACAGUGUCCUCUUAUAUCCAUCAAAAGGACGUAACUCAUUUGUAAAGACAGAACUGAUUUGCAAGUCAUGAGAUAUGUAUUAUAAUCCUCAAAGUUUUAAUUGCAACACUGGAAUGUAAAGUCACAGCACACACCUUUCAUGUUUGAAAAUAAGAAUAAGAAAAGGGUGAGCGUGUCUUGUCAUUCAUCUGUGUUACACCAUUAUUUGUAGUUAAUAUUCUUGAACUCAGGUGUGAGAUUAGUUGGGUCUUAAUUGUUUGUGUGUGAGUUCUUUGUAGUAGGUUGUUGUACGUGUGUGAGACAAUGUGGCCUUUUUGUGCUUGGGAAUCUUUAUUGUAUAUUCAUUUUUCAAUUGCUCGGGAAAUUUCAAAUAAUCUUUGCAGUUUAAAUUUUUUUAUCCAUUCAUUAUUUAUUUAUUAACUAGUUGACAGUUUAAAGACCACUUGUGUGUAUAUAUGAAUGAUUAAGACAUGUUGCGUGUGUGUUGAUGUAUGGUUUCAUGAAUAAAUGAUAUCUGAGUUCUUAGCUGUACCAAUAUACAGUUUUGAAAUAUUGUUAAGUUUUGGGGAAUGCAAUAGAAUUUUUAUUUUUUAUUUUUUACUUUAAUGUAAUGUGUGAAUGGGAAAACAUUCCAAAUUAUGCCAUUCAGUUUCUGUGUAUACAAACUACACUAUUGUUGUAAAAACUGUUCUAUAAGGACAUUCUCUCUGUCCUGCUCAAGAUUGUGAAUAAACUUGAAUUUAUGUCAAAUAUUUGUAUACUGUAAUAUUAACAAAUAUAAGCUGUAAGUCUUACAACAUACAUGAAUAAAUUGAAAUAUGUAAAAAAAAAAAAUGUUUGUUUUAUGGCUGUUCCUUUUAAUUUUAGGCUUCAUAAAUUGUAUCUUAAAGAUUAAGUUCCAUGCCUGUAUUAGAUAACAAUACUCCCAAGAUGAAGACUGUAAGGUAAUAGAGUUAUCGUGGACAAGUCUUCAUUAAGGCAAUACAGUAUACACUGUACUGUAUAAUAAUGCAUUAACACACUAUAAUAGUAUUUAUUGUUUUAUUCAAGUAAAAAUCAAUCAAUAAUGUAUUAGUGAAAAAGAACCGACGAUAAAGUCCGUCACCAUCUUUGUUGUUUACAUCCUCUUAGUCAAUCGGCGAUCAUCUCAAAGUGUAUAUAGUAGCCCGCCAAGAUUCAUGUCCGUUGUAUCAUGGUAGGUCUCUUCAUAUUUUUGCUACCGGUGUUGACAUGAGUUUUGUGAACAUUUUAUGCCCAUUAUGUCUGGGAAACAUCCUACAAGUGACUGUUGGUAAACCAGUCAGGGUGCCCUGGAAAGACAUUACAAAGACUGAAUGUGAAAAGGACCGAGGUGUGUAUGUUGACAAUGAGUUGAAGUUCUCGGGCCAUUGCGAGAAGGUGAAUCAGACAACUACAUUAUUAGGUCUUGUAAGAAGGUCGUUUAGAUAUCUAGAUGGUCUGUCCCCGGUAACAAUCUUCAAGAGUGAGGUACUUCCCCAACUGGAGUAUUGUCACCCCGUCUG